AUGUCAGAUUUUGCCUUCAAUAACUAUUGUAUACAUUGUGAUAAAUUAUGUUUGAACAAUUCAGUCUACUGUUCAGAAGAAUGUAAAUCAAUAGCAUAUGAAUCUUCAUUGAAUCAACUACAACACAAUCACAGUACCACUAGUGCUAAUGCCAGUGCUGCUGGUAGCACUAGUAGUGUUAAUAGCACUAAAUCAAACACGCCAUCAUUGGUGUCACCUUUGUUAACUCCAGCCUUAUAUAUACAACUACAACAACAACAACAGCAACAGCAUUUACAGAUAAAUACUCCAUUAAAUAUAUCAUCUUUAACUCCAAACACAAAUUACAACAACAAUGAAUAUGAUUAUGAUGAUAAUGACGAUGAUGAAUUGAAUUAUUUUGAUUUGAAUUAUUCCGUUCAAUCAAAUAUCAAUUAUACCACCAAUACCACCAAAUCAAAUAAUGAAUUGAUAAAUUCAACUUCAGAUAAUUAUCGUAAAUGGUUAACUGCAUUAUAA